AACCGAGCAGCCGUGCGAUGCACAUUUGUUCCGAAUCUACCAGAUGAACUGACAGUUCUGAACGGAGAGGUGCUGAACGUUUUGCAAGAGUAUGAUGAUGGGUGGGUAUUUUGUUCGAAUGGUAAGGGAGAGACGGGCAUGGUUCCAUUAGAAUGCUUA